AUGAUACUGCAAGAUUCUCCAACGGAAUCUAUAAAAACCCUGGUUGACUCAGGGGCCACUUCGAAUUUCAUAUCCCCCACCUUAGUUGAAAAAUUAAAAAUCCCAAAAACCCUACUCAAAAAUCCACAAGUAGUGAGAAUGCUAGACAGUACCAUUUCCCAGACUGGUCGCAUAUGGCACCAGGUACAGCUUGCGGUUUUGGUCAAUGACCACCCCCACACCAUUCCUUUCCUGGUAUGCCCUAUAGGCAACACCCCGGCAAUCCUUGGCAUGACUUGGCUAACGGCAGAAUCUCCCUUAAUAGACUGGCAACAGGGCUUAGUCACUUUCCCUGAGCAAGUUCAGAUUGCAUCCGAAGAAGAAGCCAAUUCAGAUCCUCUUGCAGAUCUCCCCACACAAUACCACGAAUUCGCAAAAGUAUUUGGGGAGGAGGAGUUCAAAGUACUUCCCCUGCAUAGGGAAUAUGACAUUGCCAUCAACCUUGUCCCUGAUGCCAAACUCUCCCCUGGUCCUAUUUAUGGUAUGACAGACGCCAAGUCCAAAGCCCUCAAGCAACAUAUCGAGGAGGAACUAGCCACAGGCAAAAUCCGCCCCAGUACCUCCUCCGCAGGCGCCCCGGUUAUGUUUGUGAAGAAAGCAGAUGGUUCCCUCAGAUUGGUGGUUGACUACCGGAAGUUAAACGACGUAACCCACAAAAACGUGUAUCCACUUCCCAGACAGGACGAUCUUAUGGCUAAGCUCAGGAACGCCAAGCUAUUCACCAAACUGGACUUACGUUGGGGUUAUAAUAAUGUUAGAAUCAAGGAAGGUGACGAGUGGAAGACGGCCUUCAGAACCAAAUAUGGGCUAUUCAAAUACUUAGUCAUGCCAUUUGGACUCACUAACGCCCCGGCCGCAUUCCAACACUUUAUGAACGACCUGUUCAGGGAUCUGAUCAACGUCACAGUGGUAAUUUACCUAGAUGAUAUUCUCAUCUUCUCAGAAAACCCAGAAGACCACCCAGCCCACGUCAGAGAAGUAUUGUCACGACUUAUGAAGAACCAACUCUUUUGCAAAUUGUCAAAAUGUCACUUCCACGUCACUACGGUUGAUUAUCUUGGCAUUGUUAUUUCCCCUUCAGGUUUCUCCAUGGAUUGGAAGAAGGUAGAGGCAGUGACAUCAUGGCCUCAACCCAGAACGGUCAAACAGGUCCAGGCAUUCUUAGGCUUUGUUAACUACCUCCAACAAUUUAUUCCCAACUUUAGCUCUGUUGCGCGUCCCUUACAUAACCUCACCAAAAAGGAAACCCCUUGGUCAUGGGGAGGUCCAGAGGAAGCAGCCUUCCAAGAACUUAAAACCCUAGUUACCCAAUCCCCGGUUCUGAUCCACUCCAACCCCAAGCUCCCCUAUUACCUGGAAACAGACGCUUCAGGAGUAGCUAUGGGCGCCAUCUUGAGUCAAAGAGGUCCAGAUAAUUGGUUGCAUCCCAUCGCCUAUAUGUCCAAGUCCUUCUCAGGAGCAGAAGCCAAUUACAAUACCCAUGAUAAGGAGCUCCUGGCUAUCAUUAAAGCACUAGAGGAAUGGAGGAUAUUCUUGGAAGCAACGGACAAACCGGUACAGGUAUUCACGGAUCAUAGGAAUCUGGAGUAUUGGAUGCAGGCACGGACAUUCAACCGCAGGCAUGCCAGAUGGCGCAUAUUCCUGAGCGAUUUCAACUUUGAGAUCCACUAUUGCCCAGGAAAGCAAUCAGGGAAACCAGACGCCCUAUCCAGACGAUUGGACUACGUUGAUACACCACCAGAACCAGAGGUUAUGUUACCCGCAGAAGUCUUUGCCAAUACAUCAGAAGAAGAGCUGGAAAUUGUCACGGAAAUACGCUCCAAGCUAAGGGAAGAUCCAUCCCUUGAAUCCAUCAUCCAGUUCCUAACUGAAGACGCGGAUAACGCUCCUCCCUCCAUUUGGAAAGCUUACAGAGACUACAAUUGGGAGGAAGACCUACUAUGGUAUCAAGGGAAACUUGUGGUUCCAGACUCAGAGGCCCUAAAGGAGCAAUUGCUCAGGGAAUUCCAUGACUCCCCACUAGCCGGCCAUCCGGGUCAGCAGAGAACCCUUGAACUCCUAAGUCGCAACUACUGGUGGCCAGGGAUGAAAUCAUCCGCCAAGGAAUGGGUAGAAUGUUGCCCCACAUGCCAGGCCAACCGACAAGCCCACACCCCGGUUAUCACCCUCAAACCUCUGGAAGUUCCCCCCUAUCCGUUCCACACCAUUUCCUAUGACUUUAUCACUGGAUUCCCAAGGUCAAACGGUCACAACGCAAUCUUGGUAGUCAUUGACUCCUUCUCCAAAUUUGGGCAUUUUAUCCCAACUACCAAGAAGAUCACCUCCAAGGGUCUGGCGGAUUUAUUCAUCUCACACGUGUGGAAGCUCCAUGGGUUGCCAGUCAAAACAAUAUCAGACAGAGGGACUACGUUCACAGGAAAGUUCCUAAGGGCACUCUACCAACGUCUUGGAGUAAAACCAUCCUUUUUGUCAGCCUACCACCCGGAGUCAGACGGACAAACGGAGAGAGUGAACCAGUUCAUUGAGUUCUAUCUAAGGUCGUACGUUGCGGCAGACCACUCGGACUGGGCCUCUUGGUUACCAUUAGCGGAAUAUGCCUACAACAAUGCAAGACACUCUGCCACUGGGAAAACCCCGUUUGAGUUGGUAUACGGACAAAAUCCUGUCAUGAACCCGUCCAACAUUCCAGCAAACGUUCCAGAAGCCAAUCUUGUGGCAGACACCCUUGCACAAGAAUGGAAAGAAGCAGAGGCAGCCCUGAGGAUGAGUAAAGAAAAGAUGAUUGGAAACAAGGGAAUAAUACCGGAAUACUCAAUUGGUGACAAAGUUUGGUUAGACGGAAAAAACGUGGAGCUCAGAACAAACUCCAACAAACUAGACCCCAAGAGACUAGGACCAUUCGAGAUCACGGAAAAAGUCUCCAGUCAUGCGUACCGCCUAAAACUCCCAGAAACCCUGAGAAUCCACGACGUAUUCUACGUAGGAUUGCUGUCCAAAGCGCACGAAUCUCCAAGCCAGCCAUUCCCUGAUAGACCCCCUCCAGAAACAAUAGAAGGGGAAGAAGAGUACAAAGUUGAACAAAUCAUUGACUCUAAACGCCAACAAGGAAAAUGGUUCUAUUUGAUCAAAUGGAAAGGAUAUGGCCCGGAAGAUAACUCAUGGGAACCGGAAGAACUGUUGGAACACAGCCAAGAAGAGAUCAAGCGAUUCAACAGAACUAGACUCAGAAAGGCUCAUGACGCCGCCAAGAGCCUUUAA